AGAUAAGAAAUGUCGCCCGGUACCCGUCCUCGUUACAGAGGACGAGGAAGCAUAUUACGAGAGGGAACGAGGGUUGAUUCGACAAAUGAGGGAAAGUGCUUUAGCAGGGCCAUGUCGUAUCAACGAAGGGAACGAGAAGGAGUUGAUCAUAGGGGAGUCUGAUUUCCUGCUGCCUCAGGAGCGAACGCUGAUGGUGGAAUUAAUGAAGAGGAAGCAUCRCGCCUACGCRUUUAGUGACGAGGAGCGUGGCAGGCUGGAUGUAGAUAAGAUACCUAUGAUCCGCAUCCACACCGUGCCACACGAGCCUUGGAAUAUGAGAGGGGCGGGGUAUCCCAAUCCUGACGAGGAGAGGAAGGUGGUGGAUUAUCUCGACGGCAAGAUACGUACUCACGAAAGCCUAGACCAGUCAGACUCGUUGAACCCGGCAGGGAAUGUGGACGAAAUACCCGAGAGCCAGGACGACGAGUUCGAAGAAGGGGAAAUUAAGGAGGCUUUUCGUGCAGAGGAGUACGACGGGAUCUACCUAGAGCUGGGGCUUCUUCUGUCAUGUGAAAUGCGGCUAAGAGAUGCGAGCGAUAGGGCUCAAAGGAUGCUGCAACGCUACUUAGUGCGAGACGGUCACCUUUUCGUGAGAAGGGAAGUGGGGAAUCCCAGAAGGGUCGUCUGCGGUAGGAAUCGUCAGAUCGACGUCGUAGCAGCACUACACGAUGACAUUGCAGGAGGGCAUCGAGGGGUACAAGCCACGUAUACCAAGAUAAGUGAGUUGUACUACUGGGAUGGAAUGAUGGACAUGAUCGGGAAAUUUUGUCGAUCUUGCGUACCCUGCCAGGAGAGAUCCCGUUUAAGGCAGGGAGAGCCGCUGCAUCCAAGGUUAGAGCGAGAGGUAGGGGCCGUAGUGCAUCUCGAUCUGCUUUUUAUGCCACUUGGGGAUCAGGGCUAUAACUAUAUCUUUGAUGCGCGCGAUAACCUGUCUGGGUCUGACUUUACGAAGACAGUCAUGCCAAGAGGAGGGAAGGGGACACGGCCGCCUCAGAGGCUGUUGGGCGCAUCAGGAGGAUAUGAGCGGCAUGGGCCUCGCCAACGAGAGAGUACUCCAGUCUACAAUGAUGGGGAUACCAAGCUAUUCCUGGACAGUUUCUGGGAGCAUGCGAGGCGUAUGGGCUGGACCGUCACUCAGGCGAUUGAGAGAUUGAGGGGAGCAGGCCGAUCCGCCUGGAGAUUGGAAAUGCGUCGGACUUCAUCCCCGCGUUUGAGUGGUUCAUGCAAGAGCAGGGCAUACAGAGAGAUGAUUGGCUGCAGGGCACAUUUGAGAGAGGCCUUUCGACGGCCAGAGCUCCCUCAGUCCAGAGUCGAGAGGCGGCAGAGGAGUCAGAGGUCGAGGGACCCUGAGCCCAGGGAGGCGAGACCAUCUCGAGGAGGACGGAAGGCCCUAGCCAGGAGAGAGCAGGAGCCAGAGGAUGAGGAGCGAGGGGCAUACCCUGAGUGUGGGUUGGGGUCAGUGGAGUUCCAUCGUUUUACUGAGGGUGGAUUGAGGAGGUCGCUAGCACACACACAGGGGAAGCCACCAGCGUCAGAGGGGCCCUUGAGGGAAUUGGAGAUGCAUUUAGAUAUCUCUCGGUGGAGGGCGUCGCUUCAGGGUGAGGAGCAUGAAGAGCAGGCAGAGGAGGUGUCACGAGAGGAGGUGCCACAGGGGGAGAUACCACGAGAAGAGAUGCCACGGGAGGAGGUGUCACAGGAAGAGGUCCAGGGUACUCAGCGAGAGAGAGGGCUGGGCGAUAAGGGGAGACGUGCAGGGAAGGAAGUGAUAGAGGUUGGAGARGACACGCCCCCACAGACGCCAGCAGUGGGUUUGAGACUCGGGGGUGCACCAGGGAGCACCCGGCAGGCAAAGGAGGGGUUGCAGAGAGAGGAGACCCCUUUACCUUCGUCAGAAAAGGCUCCUUCGCCAGAAGGGAGGGUAGAAAGGAGGAGAGAGAGGGCAGCUGUAAGGAGAGAAGCUUUGAUCCUGAUUGAUAGGCACCUGGCAGCUCAUGCCCUGGAGCACCCAGACCUGGAGGAGCCAUCACCUGCAGAGCCACGCCAGGAGUCAUGCCAGACCGAGAAGGAGAUGGAAGCAGAAAUCUCAAAGAGGGUCGACCUCCGCACAAGGGAAAGGGUGCCAGCUGGAGAGACGGCCGAAGAAAAGAGGGCAAGACGAACCAGGCGGAUAGAUGAAAUAUGGCAGGAGAGGCAGAGGUUGGAGGCAGUUGGGGAGCUCCCGGAGCAGCAGCAGGAGAGGCAGAGAUCGGAGGCAGAAGAAGUACUCCCGGGUCAGCCCCCUAGCGCACCAGCCAAGGCCCCGGAGAUUCCUGAAAUGAAGGCGGAAGAAAGGUUAGAUCGUAAAAUCAAGUUCCUGGCCAAGACCACUUUUGACCGGCACUUGUUAUUGGAGGGCGAUCUGGCGGGGAAGAAAAUGAAGGAAGCCAGCCAUGGAGUACGUCUGGAGGCUAUGGAGGUGGAAAUUCAGGAACUUAGGGCUUUGGUGGCCAGCCAGGCAGCUAUCAUUGAGAGCCUGAGGCAGCAAACCCAGGGAAAGGUGGACAGAUCAGAGAGCAGCCGGCAGGGAGAGCAGAGGCAGCCAGGACAGGGAUUGCCAAGACAGCCAUCUGCGACAGAGCCUCGCCAGGAGCUGCCUAUGGGGAGAGUUAUCCUGGAGCCAGGGGAGGCGAGAGUCCAGAGACAGGCAGAGAGAGAGGCAUUCGAGUUUAGAGCCCCUACUGAGCUCGCGACGCUGCCGGUGGCGGCGGCAGGCCCAGUCGUACCUUUGGCAGUAGAGGAGGGGCUGCCACCAUCUAGCAAUGAGCCGGCUCAGGGCUCGGCAGAGGGAUCCAUGGGCGUGUUCCUUGAGGCGGUGCAUACUAUGCAGGAGGAGGUGAGUUUGUUUUCACCUGAGCGGAGGAUAGAAGAGCCUCUUGAGAGAGAGAUGAGGAUUGAGGAGGAGGGUGCCAUCGAGGGCAGACUCCAGAGGAUAGGCACACCUGAGUAUGGACCAGAGGAGAUUGAGGAGCAGCCCACGACAGUGCCAGGGGCGACACUCGAGAGGAAGCCUCAGAGGUUGGACACGCCCGAGUACGUUCCAGCGACAGAGGAUUUGAGAGGCAGACUAGGAUUUUGGGCUACUGGAUCUGGGUCUGGUGGACCAGUUCCGGGGACAGAGCGGCAGGAAGUCGUUGGUACCAUAGCUCCUCAAGUAGAGCAGCAGGGGGUUAUCAGUACCUUGGCAGGAUCUCCUUCAUCACCACCUCCUCAGCCCAGGAAGAAGAAGUUCAAGAGGAAGGUUGAUCAACUAUGUUUCUACUGCAAGAGGAGCGCGCAUCAUGCUUUGGACUGUCUCGAGUUUCUUGAGGAUAAGGCAGCAGGGAAGAUUUCAGAGGUAGGGGGUAAAAUGUAUGAUAGACAGGGUAGGAUAGUAGAUAAGUCCGCAGAUGGACUUAGGGCUCAGUUAUAUAGGCAAAACCAGGAGGAGUUGAGGAGGUAGGGUCGGCUUUGUCUAUAUAAGCGAGCGGGCAUUUUGUGAGGCAUCAACUUAGGUUCUGUGUGAUACUCUUAGACUUAGAAGA